GGGGUGAAAGGGAGGCCUCCGGUGUUCUGGCGCGAGAGGCGGGGGAAGCAUGGCUUCCUGGGCCUACGGGCCUUCAGUGGGCUGUGGCCGAAUGUUGUGCGGGGCUUCUAGCCCCGCCAUUCUGACAGGCCUCGCCUUGGGGUCUGAGCAGUCGUGAGGCGCGCGAAGCACCUUUCCCGCUCCGGGCCCCUCUGCCAGGCCAGCCCAUGACCACAACCCGGGAGGACUUGGGCUGGGCUAGCCCUUGAUUGAGAAGGCGUGGGCAGCCGGCGGGGCGUGGGAAACGGACACCACCCUGGGCCCCCGGCGCGCGGAAUCCGCGGGCCCGGAACCUCCGGCCUUCUCGCUUCGGCCGGAAGCGCCGCGCGGGAGGCGGAAGCUGCUUGCUCCCGUGUUGCCCCGCGCGUGCGGUGGGAGCCCGGCGGCCAGGCCAACGUAGACAGCCGUGAGCCGGCCGGGGCGGUACCGGAACCAGGCUGAGCACGGGAGGUGUGUGGUCCCGGCGCGCCCGUGGUAAAGAAGGAAAAAAAAAUGUCUCACAAGCUGAUGAAGGAAGCUUUUGUCAGUAACCACAAUGGAACCAGCGUGCUGGAAAUUACCCAAGGCUUGUGCUUUCCCUCACUCUGUAUCCUGUGCAGAGGGCUCCUGAUCAUUCUCUCACAGCACUUGUGUUCUUCUUCACAUACCUGGAGAACUGGAUUCUUCAUUGACUUUGUUUUCCUAAUAGUUCCUGUGGUGACCACUUUGACCAUUUUGGCUUCAUUUAUCUUCUUUGAGUACCUCGCUGUAAUUAUCUUUGGGGCUGGGCUAUUCUAUCAAAUAUACUGCAGGAGAACUUGCUAUGCCAGAAUGCCUGUCCAGAAAAUCCUUGAAAAAUUCUUAAAAACUAGUUUAGAAUCAGAAUACAUUCCAGCCAUCUCCUGUUUCCGUGUAAUUAACAGUGCAUUUACUGCUGUUGCCAUUUUGGCUGUGGACUUCCCACUUUUUCCUAGAAGAUUUGCCAAAACUGAGCUCUAUGGGACAGGGGCAAUGGAUUUUGGAGUAGGCGGCUUUGUAUUUGGGACUGCAAUGGUUUGUCCAGAAAUUAGGAGAAAAUGUAUGGAAGGUUCAAGAUUUUAUUAUUUUACAAAGUCAUUGUACUCUGUUUGGCCAUUAGUCUUCCUUGGAAUAGGACGAUUAAUCAUUAUAAAAUCCAUAGGCUAUCAGGAACAUUUAACUGAGUAUGGAGUUCACUGGAACUUUUUCUUUACCUUAAUAGUUGUAAAAUUGAUAACAUCACUGCUUUUGAUUUUUUUACCCCUAAAUAAAUCCUGGAUUGUGGCUGUCGGCACUACUGUAUUAUACCAGCUAGCCCUUGACUUUACCCCACUGAAAAGGUUAAUUUUAUAUGGCACUGAUGGCAGUGGCACAAGGGUUGGUUUAUUAAACGCCAACCGAGAAGGCAUAAUCUCUACUUUGGGGUAUGUAGCAAUAUACAUGGCUGGUGUACAAACAGGGUUAUAUGUGCUUAAAAAAAGAUCAUAUAUCAAAGACUGGAUAAAAGUAACAUAUGGUAUUCUAUUGACAGCUAUUAGCCUCUUUGUAUCUCUUUACAUAGUUCAGGUAAAUGUAGAAGUAGCAUCUCGAAGAAUGGCCAAUUUAGCCUUUUGUAUUUGGAUAGUUGCUUCUAGCCUGCUCCUUCUUAGUAGUUUAUUAUUGGGUGAUAUAAUUUUGAGUUUUGCAAAAUUUCUAAUUCAAGGCGCUCUAGUUCCAUGUUCUUGGAAACUGAUCCAGUCGCCUGCUACAAACAAAAAGCAUUCAGAAUCUCUAGUCUCUGAAGCUGAAAGAAACAAACCCAGUAUUUGUUUAAUCACAGCUAUGAACAGAAACCAGUUGACUUUUUUCUUGAUGUCAAAUAUAACAACUGGCCUGAUCAACCUCUUGGUAGAUACACUACACAGCAGUACGUUGUGGGCCUUAUUUGUGCUCAAUCUCCAUAUGUUUACCAACUGUUUAAUUAUGUAUUUGUUACACUUGCAAGAUAGGACUAUAAAAUUUUGGUGACCAAAAAGGUUAGGAUGUAUCUGGUUUGAGCAGCGCUAAUGAAGAAUAUUAAAUGAAGAAAAUGGGCAAUCUAGUGUUAACUACAUUUUAUUGUAAAAUUAAGAGUUUCAAUCCUCUAUAACAGCACUAUGUAAAACAAACCAAUACAGAAGAAACAAAGCCUUGUUACGUGUUAGAAUAUUUAUUGAAUUUCAAUGUUCUAAAGAAACUUGUGUUUACAGUUGUGACACUGGAAUACGGGAGCGUGGGGAGGAGGGUUUUUACUUUCCACCUUAUACCAUCUUAUAUUUUUUGUUGUAUAUAUUUUAUAAUAUUUACAGAAAAAAAUCUCUGAAUUGUGGAACUAUCAAUA